AUUACUUCGAGUUAAGCGGUUGCGGAAUAUUAAUAAUUCAUCUAUUCUACUAUUUCGGAGACAUAAAAGUAAAAGUAAAAUUAACUAAUAUUGCCAUCGCAACAUGUCUAAUGAAACAUCGUACGGAACGGGUCUUAAGCCUGUAUCUCCCGAUUUAAAUCGAGGAAAGUGGGAAAAACCCACGGACUACGUAUUUGCCUGUUUGGGAUUAGCUUUAAAGCUCGAUGUUUUUAUGGCCUCCUAUUGGAUGUUCUUUGAUAUGGGCAUUCUUGGCAUACUGCCAUACUUUGUGUACAUGGUGAUCUAUUUGGUUCCAAUCAUGGUCAUUCACUCUUUCAUGGGACAAUUUUCCAGCAGUGGAUUUAUCUCGGCAUUUCGGCUGGCUCCUUUCUUUAAAGGAAUGGGGUAUGUCAGCUUGUUUCUGACCAUCUCCAUGCUCAUUUACUACAGCAUUUUUGCUGCUGUUCCGCUUCUCUUCAUGGUGAACUCUUUUCGUCCAACUUUGCCUUGGAGUUGUGAGGGGCUAGCAUCCUGGCAUAGUAAUGAAUCUGAGAAAUUCACUACCUGCAACGUUUCAAUAACUCUGGAUGAUGUGGAUUUUGUUAACGACACAGAUUUGUACAUAAAAGCACAUCAUGUACCUUCCGUGCUAUACUUUCAAAAUCAUUUUGACAGUUUAAGAAAAGAUCGAUUUCAAGAAAGAAUAGCGGAGUAUGAGUUAUCCUGGCAUUUUGUCGGCCUCUUCGUUCUAGUUUGGGCCAUGAUUGCGGCUAUAUUUUAUAAGUUUUCAGAGACAGCAAAGUUUGGAAAGUUUAUACGAUAUAUGGUUGUUGGAACGCUGACCCUUCUGCUGGUGUGCUUUGUCCGCUUCUCGUUUCUCUCAGGAGCCUUGAAAGGUCUAAGCAGAUAUAUGGCUCCCAACUUUGAAGAUAUGGCAAUGGGAGUCGGCUCAACAUUCAUCAUAGUUCUACAUGCAUUUGGGGCUGGCUGGGGCAGUGUCAUAGCCCUGUCCAGCUUCAAUGGGUUCAGGACCAACAUAAUGUCGUACAGUUGGAUCAUCUCCUUCGGCCAGAUCUUCAUUUACAUUAUGUUUAACAUGGUUUCCUUUAUGAUUGAACACCACUACAACGAGCUUGCCGAAGCUUCGCCCGAUGCAGCAGUUCUGAGUCAUUGGCUGUUGUUUUUGUCCAGUGCCAGUGCCUUGUCCACAAUGGGAUGGGCAAACCUCUGGACUUUUCUGUACUAUACUAUGUUACUAAUGGGGGCUCUUAUUGUAAUGUCGACACAAAUCUUUACGGUCCUGCAAAGUUUAUUCGACGAGUUUGAAACACUUAGAGAGCGAAAAAUGGAAGUAACCUUUGGCCUUAUUGGAGGCCUGGCAGUCUGUUCCUUCUUCUUCUGCACGAAUCAUGGAAUUGUUUUCCUUUCUGCCUUGGGGGUUGAUGCCAUUUUCACACACAAUGUGCUCCACUUACUCCUCCUUUUGGUGGUUUUGUGGGUUUACGGGCGGCAACGUUUCCAGCGGGAUAUUGAGUUCAUGCUGGGGCUGCCGUUUGCCUCCUGGAAGGUUUUCAUACUCCGCUUCAUAGCUCCGAUUAUUUUAGUGAUCUGCCUGAUGACAGGAAUAUCUAUGUCUUUAGCGGAACACUCUUUCUCCUCAAUAUUUGUACUAUUAUUAUCCAUUUUUUUGGUGUUUUUACCGAUUCUGGCGAUACCUGGCUAUGGAUUUUACUGCCUUUACCAGAGCAGCGGAACCUUUGGCGAGCGGUUCAGGCGGAUCUGUCGACCCACUGAUUGGUAUCCGGUUGAGAUGGAGCACCGCCAGCAGUACGAGGAAGCUGUAGGCAACACCGAAAUGAUCCACCAGCUAUUCUAGGUUACUGAAGAGGUCAACUAAUUUGCAAGAAAAUGUCCCACAUAAGUAUAUGACAAACUUAAAUACAUUGUAAAAAUAAACUACUUAA